GUGGUAAGGUGCCAAAGGUGGCUGUAUAGGUCGUGACUGAUGAGACUGAGAUUAAUCAAUAAACGAAACUGUCGAGCUUUCUUCUCUUCCAUCUCUGGAGAGCGGGCCAGACACGGCUUUGCACGACUUUUGACAACAUUUAUUUGCGUGAUUAUAGUCACAGUCAUUUCUUCGAACGAGAACAACAGGCCACUCGCUGCAUCUUCCGCGUUUCUGAUUUUGACUUUCCGGGAGCUGGCCUUUCCUCCAGGGCCCAAUAUCGGGACUCACAUCGAAGGAUCUCUCAUCAAUUUCACUGCGAUAUGUCUAUCAGUGGUCCACUGCAAUGUUGGGAAGACAUUAGCCUCUGUAGCCAGCAGAAGGCGAGGCCCUGACUCGGCGUCCGCCCGCACCAUCCCUAUAACUUUUCUAUUCCUCUGUGCAACAGCUGCUGGUGUCAUCAAGAGUGCGUAUCCCAGACUAGCCCAGGCAUGCCGUAUGGCAGCCAUUACUGCCGUGUUUUCACUUACGGAUGGGAUUGGAGAAACAAGUGUCCCGGCAUCAAGUUGGACGACCUUCGUUAUCAUAUCAUCUCUGGCAGCAUCUUCAUCUUUGCUUUCUACCCUCAUCUUCCUUAGGGGAUCUUCUCGAUCAUACACGCAUCGACUGCUCCGCGCCAUGGAGUCAACGCGCAGCACGCUCUCCGAACGAGUAGAAAGAGCAUUUCGGCCGCAAGGCUCCACAAAUCUCUCCGAUCGUUCAUACGGCAACGCUUUGGACUUGGGGUCCCGCUUGCGUAGAUCAUAUGCGCACGCCUUUCUCGAACCUCGAUACGGUCGACUCCACGUAAAGGAGUUGCAGGCUUUUCCAAACAUAGUUGAUAGGAUUCGGACGGAAUUAUCUUGGGGAGAGACCAUUUCUUUGACUAUGCGUUUAUCUACGUCAGAAAAAUCCCAAAUCCACGAGUCCUUUGAUGGCCCCUCCACGGUGACUACAGAAAAGAUUUACGCCUCCUUCAUACUAGUGGAGCGCACAAUCAAAGACGCUUUCGACAUUAAACAAUCCAAAGACAAUUCAUCCCUCUCCAUCCCGACUCCGGAGGACUAUGCAAUCCAGAUGCGGGAGCUGGCAGAUGCCGCUCGACUGCUCAAAUUGAACCUCGGGACAGCACAAGCUUCGGUAGAGAGCCCAAAGAGUGGAUCCGGUCCCCCUGUGGCAGCCCUCUAUGCGCUUGAACCCUUCUCCAAGGGACUCUUCUCGGUGUCUCUUCUGGCAGUUUCCAUUAUAAAAAUCGCGGAGGAUACGGACUUGAUCCUCCGAAUUGGGCGAGGCAUCUCUAUUAAGCUUCAGGAACACAAACGACGUCGUUUAUGGCUCCCGAAACUGACGCGUCGAUGGUUUAACGAGUCACUCUCGGCUGAGUGGAGCGAUGCUGGAGCCAAAGUAGAUUCUAUCGCAAGAGCUGUAAGUUCAAUACCACCGAGCCCUCGCAGUGAUGAAAUGGAGGUCGAAGGAGAGUAUCAAGGAUUUGCGCUUCCAAGGAAUCGAACACUUGGCAGUGAGCAGGAGUACUGGUCGCUUUUUUCCCGACUGGCGCGCAUGCCGGUCUACGUGCUGCAUAGAUGGUCAUCUCUUUCGGGCUCGCGCGUGCGAUUGUCUCGCGCCAUCCGCGGUGUCAAGCAUUCCAGCAACCUCCGAUAUGCGCUUAAGAAUGGCAUUGGAGUCCUCCUACUCAGCCUUCCAGCAUUCUUGCCGAGUAGCAAUCAAGCGAGUCAUUUGUUCCGUAAAUAUCACCUUCAAUGGAUGGUUGCGACAUACAUCUUCGUUCUUGAAACAAACACUGGUGCCACGAUUCAAGUCGGGGGACUUCGUCUUCUAGGGACGUUGCUUGGGGCUGUCAUGGCAUGCCUGAUAUGGCUGAUUGCUCAUCGCACUCCAUAUACAUUCGUACUACUAUAUACGCUUGCGGAAGUCCCGAUUUCUUGGCUGAUCUUACGGACAUCUGUAGCUCCCAUUGGAGUGGUCGCAUCCAUCACGAUACCUCCAAUUAUAUUUACAACCCGGAACAAGGCCACACACGGAUCAAUUCUUCCCAUAUCUGUCAAUCGAGCCAUGGCAAUUGCACUAGGUAUUAUAGUUGCAGUCUUAGUGAAUCAUUUUGUGUUCCCACGGCAUUGUCGACGCAUGUUCGAAUCUCAGACCGCUAAGACUCUUCGGAAGUUUACUCAACUAUAUAUUUUACUGACUAAGUACGCCGUGCUGUUUUGUCGAACGAUGGGACUCUUAGGCUUGGUACUCCCGCACAGGCUGACUCUGUCCAUGGAUCCGGGUAGCGCGUCGCAGUCGAGGCUUUGGGUUGAAUUGGAGACUGACAUACAUGAUUCGCUCUUCCGUGCAAAUUCGCUAAUUGAUAUGAUGUGGAUGGAAAUCAGUUUGCUGCCUAAACCUCUACGAACCUAUAGGAAAAUUAUUUUUAUACUCCACAGAAUAUUGGACCUUUUCAUCGGUUUACGGCGCAUAAGAGAAAACAUCCCCAAAAAGGAAACAGUGACUGAUGUAUUCUCGUACAGAAAAGAUCUUGUGUCAUGCAUUUGUGUAUCUCUCUACGCGUCCGAAAUGGCAUUCGAAACGUCAGAGAGCCUCCCUCAAUUUUUGCCCUCACCCCAACACGCGCUUGAUGCUCUGAUUCGAGAGAAGCACUUGGCGAUGCAAAUGUAUCAGCUGACGGGUGUAGGUGCAUGGGCCACUUCCCCAGGUGGUAGCGAUGGGACAGCUUCAAUCUCGAGAGACGCUCCCAGGCAUGGCUCUGCACGAAACAGACCGCGCAGAACUCUUGCCGCAUCGUACGCUCUGGCCGAAAACGCUUUAAUGGAAGAUGUCGUAAAGCACCUUGAAGAGCUCCUUCAAAUCAUGCGCCACUUACACGGGACUACAACCUGGGCCCCUGAACUAUCGGUCGGUCCCCUUAGUCCUCCUCCACUGAGCGGGUGGCAAUCUCCGCCUUCGCGUCCCUUAGGAGGGGAAGGUGCAGCCUUGACGAUGGGGCUGGUGGAUAUGGCACCAGCUGCUGAAGGUGAUCAACCAGCUGUCGAGACUGAUGGUAAUCUGAGCCCGGAAGGGACGAUUAGGGGCCCACUCUGCACACCUGUUAUAACCCCAGUGAUGACACCAGAACGGAAUCGUGAUCGGUGGAUCUAGCCUAGCACGCCUUCCAUACUCAAAGCGCAGCACUAAUUCCGAACCUUCUGUACGGCUAAUUCUAUAUCAAAGACAUUACAUUUCGACCAUCACCAGCGCAGUGCUAAGUCGUGCGCAUUGGGUAGCUGACCACAUAACGAUACAGUCCGACGCAGCUGCGUCAUUGAACCCAAAUCGCACCUCAUUUCCGAUCUAUCUCGUUUCAACUCCACUCGGUCUCCGUUCGCCUCCCAACGGCGGCUCAUCUCACAC